UGUAAAGCACACUAUAAGAAAGUUUCUACGUAAGGACAGUAACACACUUAAAAAUGAGCUCAAGUAAUAGUUGGACUAAUACAUCAUUUGAAAUAGAUAAGAUAUCCCACACAUGGACGAUCGAAAACUUUGAUGUGCUAUUCGAUUUUAACGCUUAUCAUGGCUUAACUUCAUCCAAGUUUCCAAGGGGCGAAAGUGGUUUGCAAUUUUCUUUGCGAUGUGCAGUAUUACACUCAGGCCUUAUGGAUGUUGAAAUAACUAGCUUCGCGAACGAUUUAAAACAUAAAUGCAAGCUGGAGACUUGGAUACAAGGCAGACGAGAAAAUGCCACAUCCAUAUUUUUCACAUUACCUAAAAGUACCUCAACAUCGUUGAUCGGCCUUGACUCUUUCCGCAAAGAAAGAGAUACAAUUUUGAUCAAUGGCAACCUAACAAUAAUGUGUGUUAUCACUGUGCUUAAAAACAUAUCCGAACAACAAGGCAACUCAGGAAAAGUCCCGUUUCCUCAAUUAAGUAAAGAUCUUGGCGCUUUACUUGAAACAAAGGAUUUUACAGAUGUGACAAUUAUUACAGCCGACGGCCAUAAGAUACCAGCUCAUAAGAACAUACUAUCAGCACGCAGCAAAGUCUUUGCGGCCAUGUUUAAGCAUCCAAUGAAAGAAAAUACGGAGAAUUGUGUUGCCAUUAGCGAUUUCUCUUACGAUGUUGUCAUGAAACUGCUACGAUUCAUUUACACGGGGGAAGUUAAUAACUUGCAAGAGAUGAGUACGGAUCUGAUGGCGGCAGCUGAUAAGUAUGAGCUCAACAGACUUAAGGCAAUAUGUGCUGAGUUUAUGGGCGAUAAUCUAUCCAUAGAAACUGCACCCAUAGUGCUAAAGGCAUCCGAUCUAUACAACAUGAAGGAUCUUAAAUCCGAGGCAAUAAAAUUUAUUAAGAGUAAUAUUCCCGAAGUAACAGAGACGUCAAACUGGAUGGAUUUAGUUACAACAGAUAAACUGCUGAUAUUAGAAAGUUUUAUUGAUCAAAAGCUCGUUGAAAUUAAACGAAAUAAUGAAUCGAGUAAGGAAGAUGAAGAAGUUCAAGCAGUAAAAGUUGAAUAAACACGCAUUUAUAAUCAAAACUAACCUCACUACUCAAAUGAUACACAAACAUUAAUUAUAUUGUGCCCUACAAUAAAUAAGAAUUGAAUUUUUUCGCA